GAGAGAGAGAGAGAGAGAGAGAGAGAGAGAGAGAGAGAGAGAGAGAGAGAGAGAGAGAGAGAGAGAGAGAGAGAGAGAGAGAGAGAGAGAGAGAGAGAGAGAGAGAGAGAGAGAGAGAGAGAGAGAGAGAGAGAGAGAGAGAGAGAGAGACCCCGUGGAGACAAACGAAGACCGUGUCGUGUUGUGAGAGAAGAGGAACAAGUGAGUGAGGGAGUGAGGGAGUGUUUUAAAGCCCACAGGAGGCAUGAUGUCCUACAUUAAGCAACCCCAUUACGCCGUGAACGGGUUAACUCUGUCCGGCCCGGGCAUGGAUCUGCUACACACCACCGCCGUUGGAUACCCCAGUACUCCACGGAAACAACGUCGUGAGCGCACCACCUUUACGCGCGCACAGCUGGACAUCCUGGAGGCUCUGUUUGCCAAAACGCGCUAUCCAGACAUCUUCAUGAGGGAGGAGGUGGCCCUCAAGAUCAACUUGCCCGAGUCCAGAGUACAGGUAUGGUUCAAGAACCGCCGUGCCAAGUGCCGCCAACAGCAGCAGCAGAGUACAGGCCAAUCCAAACCGCGGCCUCCUAAAAAGAAGGCCUCCCCAAUUCGGGAGGCCAACGCUGAGGCCAGUGCCAACCCGGCCAACGGUCCCUACAGCCCGCCGCCGCCUCCUCCGGGCACCGCCAUCGCCCCCAGUUCCAGCUCUGCUAGCGCUACAGUGUCCAUAUGGAGUCCCGCCUCCAUCUCUCCGCUGCCAGACCCCCUGUCCGCCUCCAGCACCCCCUGCAUGCAGCGUACCAGCGCCUACCCCAUGACCUAUACCCAGGCCCCGGCCUACAGCCAGAGCUACGCUGGCUCCUCCUCCUACUUCACUGGCCUGGACUGUAGUUCCUACUUGUCACCCAUGCACCCGCAGCUGUCGGGCACAGGAGGUGCCCUGAGCCCUAUCACCGCCUCCUCCAUGGGCGGGCCCCUCAGCCAGUCGCCUGCCUCGCUCUCUUCCCAAGGCUACACGGCCGCUUCGCUUGGCUUCGGAGCGGUCGACUGUCUAGAUUACAAGGACCAAGCUGCCUGGAAGCUCAAUUUCAACACCACAGACUGUCUGGACUACAAAGACCAGAACUCCUGGAAGUUCCAGGUCUUGUAAAUAGCAUCAAGCAAGAGCUUGGGAAGCGAGGGGAUAUGGGAAGAAAUGUACAGUCAGUCAGAGUUGGAUUAAUGAUUAAAUCACUGUUGUUGAUUGUACAAAUUAAGCAAACAAACGGGCCUGGAAUAAUUUCUCUUUUUUUUCUGUUGAUGAUGGGCUCAAUUAUAAACUAUUGAAUAUUAACAAUAAUGAUCAUAAUGACUAAUAAUAAUAAUAGAGAAGAAAGUGAUACUGGUCCAUCCAAAUGGCAUAGGUUUUUGAUAAUAUUUGCUAAGUCAGGUCAAAAUUUAAAAAUAACACUAACACCACGAAUUAUUGAAGCAAUCAGCUGUCAUGUCAAGCACAUAAAAAAAGACAUGUUCAAGGAAAGUGUAGUUAUAAUAGAAAUAUAAUCUUUAAAUAAUUCGAUUUUUAUACGACAAUAUUUUGGGUUAAACUGACUUUUCAACAUGUGAUCUGUAAAAGACACAUUAUGUGCUGAUUUAUUUCAUACCACCUAACCGCCUCAAUGGCCAAACUGUUUUGAGCAAAAUGAAUGACAAAUUAACAUAGUGAGUUCUUUAUGUUUUCCUUCAAGAUGUGUCUUGUUGUAUUUACUGACAUUCACUUCUCCAAAUAAGACUGCUUUCCAUCAUUUGAAGCAUUGAACCCACCAGAUGAGCUUCCCCAAUGGGAACCUUUGAGAAGUGCAGAUCAAAAGGCCAUCCAAGCUGAUGAUUCCCCAGAAGCCUUGUUUGAUAUUGACCCUCUUCAGCCCGCGUGUGAUCCAAGUCAAGAGGAUGGAUCGAGUCCCCUGAAGUGACUGCAGUACAAACUUGUUGCCUUUGAGCAUGCUUGGGGUGAAUGGCUCAUGCAUUGUUAGUUUAAUAGGAUCAAGUCUUGGGCAACAAUGGCCCCAUUGUGGCAAUUGGCACUCAACAAAAAGCCCCCCUCCUGCUCCUUUUCACGAGAGGUUGGCAGAAUUUAAGCAGUUCUGUUAAAUGACUGUAUUGUUUGACUUUUUUUUUUUCCGAGACAUCUGAUGAGCAA